UGAGUCAACGCAUUUUUCAGAUUCUAGAAGGGGUAGGGCGCAGGGCGGCUGGCCCCCGCAAGAACAGACACACACACAAGUCAGCUACUUCACUGGCUGGACCGAUCAGCUACCGCAAUCAAUUGAUGUCUUCAGACGAGCUUUGAGAUUUCACCGUGCAUUCAGUUGGUUUGAUUCGCCGCUGGUCGUCCAAAAAUCACAACCAGACAAAAUGACAGACUCGUCGGUGGCCGACACUCGCCGGUUGCAUUCCAAGCCCCAGGACCUGACGGAUGCUUACGGCCCCCCCAGCAAUUUUCUGGAAAUAGACGUUUAUGAUCCACAAACUGUUGGAGCUGGACGGCACCGUUACACAAAUUACGAAGUUCGCAUGCGGACAAACCUUCCCAUUUUCAAACUGAAGGAUUCCUGUGUGAGAAGAAGAUACAGUGACUUUGAGUGGUUAAAGAAUGAGCUGGAAAGAGACAGUAAGAUUGUAGUACCAUCUCUGCCGGGCAAAGCCCUCAAGAGACAGUUGCCAUUCCGGACAGAUGAGGGCCUUUUUGAGGAGUCCUUCAUUGAGGAGCGGCGAUCAGGCCUGGAGCAGUUCAUCAACAGAAUUGCAGGUCACCCCUUGGCUCAGAGCGAGCGCUGUCUUCACAUGUUUCUGCAAGAGGAAGUCAUUGACCGUAACUACGUUCCUGGAAAAGUAUGAAUGAAACUAUACAGAGUGCUGCACCUGCCCCAUGUACAUUUAUUUCGACUUCACGUCAUUAUAGAGCUGGUGGAAAUGUCAGAACUGAUAAGUAUCAACGGUGUAGGAAAAACAACUAUUGCUCCUGGACUAAACUAAGCGAUCCAAUGUAUAAAUUGUUUGAUGUUGUGUCUUUAUUCAGUCAUUCCACAUACAGUAUGUACAUUAUUUUUGAUUCAGUAAUCAGUGAGAAAAAGAAAACAUGUUCCUGUCAUAGCUAGACUUUUUUUUUAUUACGAUGAUUAUUAUGUUUUCUGAAUGUCUUUUAAAUUGAUUUGAUCCAGUUUAAGAUGAGGGUAAUUUCCUGCUUUGAUUAAUGUCUUCUUUUGCUAGCGGAGAUGCGAUUUUGAUGAUAACCUCCCAAAGUCGAGCAACAUGUAGCAUCAUGAAAAAGACAGAUUCAUUCCAGUCGACAUAUUUUCCCCCUGAGUUCAAUGCUCCGAACAUGCUCUUUAGACAGGAUUGUUUCAUGAUUAAUUGUUUUUAACUCUGCUGUCUUAGUUACAUCAUCAUGCCUACACUUUGGCUGUGUGUCGUCAAAUCAGCUAUCGGGAAUGUUAGGUACAUAACCAUAUCUAAGCACUGUGACAAGAGGUUCAUUAUAUGAACAAUAUUCCAUUGGUUAAAGGCGUAAUCAGCAUCUGGUUUAUUGAUCUGAAAAAAGGCUUAAUUCUGCGCUCAUUUUCAGCCAGUUUAUCCUUUCUAUCAAUAUUAUUGUGAGGUGUAUUAAUACAUGUUAUCAUCCACGAGGAACUUCCUUGUUAAUUCUGUCCACCAAUUAAAUUUCCUGCUGCCUGCUGUUUCACGUC